AUGGAUCCCUCCAACAUCAACACGGAGCUCUGCCCCGUCUACGCCCCCUUCUUUGGCGCCAUGGGCUGCACCGCCGCCAUUGUCUUCACCUGUCUCGGUGCCUCGUACGGCACUUCCAAGUCCGGUGUCGGUAUCUCGGCCAUGGGUGUUCUCCGUCCCGACCUCCUCAUCAAGUGUGUCGUCCCCGUCAUCAUGGCCGGUAUCAUUGCUAUUUACGGUCUCGUCGUCAGCGUCCUGAUCUCGGGUGACAUCAAGACCCCGAUGUCCCUCUACGCCGGCUUCAUCCAGCUGGGCGCCGGCCUUUCCGUCGGUCUGGCCGGUCUCGCCGCUGGUUUUGCCAUCGGCAUUGUCGGUGACGCUGGUGUCCGCGGCACCGCCCAGCAGCCUCGUCUCUUCAUCGGAAUGAUUCUCAUUCUCAUUUUCGCCGAGGUCCUGGGUCUGUACGGCCUCAUUGUCGCCCUGAUCCUCAACACCCGGUCCCAGGACGACCCCCUUGGAUGCCUCCUCAAGUAA